GAUAGAAAUGGGAUUUAUGUUCUACCGUGAAGCCGAGACGUAGAGAGAAGCAAACGGUGAGUAGACUCGCGGUGGAAGUGGGAGAGAGCUGCCGCGGCGCUCUCCGGUCAUGAGGGCGUGCGUGACGGAUCCGUGACAAGUCACAUGAAAUGCGUUACGAGACGCGUUAUGAGACGCGUCUCAUCGCGCGUCCAUGCGUCACGUAACCCAUCCCUCUCAUCCUAUCCCAGCCAUGUCCGCGAAAGCAUUCGUCAACUCAGCUCACCAACCUGGAUGCACCUGCAUCGCAUUUGCUAGAGAUGGCUCACGCGUCUACACGGGCGGAAUCGAUUCUCUAGUACGCAUCUGGCGCACAGAUCUCGGUGCAAACCAAGAACCCGAUGCUGCUAUUGAUGCUGCAGAAGGCAUCACCGCUCUCACCACAGGGCGAGGAUACUGGUUCUCUGGGAGUUCCGAUUCAGAAGUCAGGAGAUAUGCAUAUGGGAAGACGGAAUUUGAGGCUCUGGUUACUAAUGCGAUUGGUGUCCCCAUUCGUUGUGUUGCCGUCGACCCACAGAGCGCGCGCAUCGCCGUCACGUCCGAUGAACCGACAGUAAAGGUAAUUGAUAUCGAGGACACCACGAACAUCUCUGUACUCGGUGGCCACACGAAGGCCGUGCGCAAAGCCACAUGGCAUCCAUCAGGUUCUCUCCUGACCACAUGCGGAGCAGAUGGCAAGAUCAUCAUAUGGGACGUGUCAGAAGGCCAAUGCAAGGAGGAGAAAGCCAUCGAGGGUAUAAUCCCCGCGGUAGCGAACGCAGACAGUUCUGAAGAAUUUGCUCAUGAUUGUUCUGCUAUCUGGCAUACGUCGGGCCAGUACUUCUUCGUUGCGACUCGUGCACACGAAAUCAUCACGAUCUCCCGCAGCGACUGGACCAAAUCCUCUACGUUUGUUGAUGAUGCACUCUCCGGCGCAAUCACAGCGCUUGCGCUCUCAAACAAUGGGGUCUAUCUCGCCUGCGCUUGCAAGGCAGGAGUAUUCAUCUGGUCAACGGAGACGCGGAGGCUCCUCUAUAGAUACGAUGGCAAACAAACCGCCAUCAUCACUCAGAUGGCUUUCUCACCAUCACAAAACCUCCUUGCAUGGACCGAUAUGGACGGUGUGCUUACCCGCUGGGCCGAACCGAUCCCCGCAACCGCGCCUGAUCCCGUGAAGCUGGCUCCAGGCACAGCAUCCAUGACUGUCCCUAUCAAGCGGAAGGCAAUUCCAAUGCUGUUUGAUGACGAGGCAGAUGCCGAAAAGGCCAAGGAUGACGAGCUCGAUGUGAACGAGACUGUUGAGGUGGAUUAUGAGAAUGAUGACUGGAUUUUGGACGAUCUAGGUGGUGCGAUGGACGAUGACAGUGAGGAGAAGAAAUGGAGUGGAAAGGAUGGUGUGAAAGAGAUGGUGAGCGUUACGAAAGCUCAGCCGCCCUUCCAACCUGGUUCGACGCCCAUGGAGAAUAAGAAAGGAUAUUUAGUGUAUAAUAUGAUUGGCGUAAUUGAAGUUACCGACCAAGACACGCAUCAUAUAGUGAAUGUUGAGUUUCACGACAAGUCCGCCCGGAAGGGGUACCACUUCACCGACCAUUUCAAGUAUGAUCUCGCGUCCCUUGGAGAACGCGGUGCAGUGUACGCGUGUCGUCCAGAACAGGAGCACCCUGCGCGUGUCACGUUCAAGCCGUACGGCACCUGGGCCACCCAGGGCGAAUGGACGUAUGAACUCCCGAAGGGCACCAGGGUUCUCGGUGUGGCCGCGGGCGGAGCGCCCUCCUCGGGCUCGCGCCGGGACUUUGACUCUGACCUGCAGGGCAAUGGCAACGUCGUCAUCGCGACGAGUGCGAAUGAGCUGAUCUUUAUGACGGGCACGGGCAUCGAAAGACAGUGUUUGAGCUUGCAGGGCGACUUCGUGACGAUGGUCGCGGGCCCUGAGUGGGUGUUUGUCGUGCAUCGGGACGGAGCAACGACGAUGGAUGGCUCGCAGAACCUUACCGGGCGGCUGAUCAAAUUCGAUGACUUCUGUCUGCUACAGAAGGACACACUCCCCAUUCCAAAGAAAUGUACUCUGAAAUGGAUUGGGAUCACAGAGGAAGGCGCCCCGGCAAUAUACGACUCGGCUGGCAUUUUGAAUAUAAUGCCCCGAUAUCGGGCUCCGUUCUCUGCAACAUGGACACGUGUACUCGAUACAAAUUUACUGGAACGACGAGAGGGCAAGCAGGAGUCGUACUGGCCUAUCGGAGUGGCUGCAGACAACUUAAUGUGUCUCAUUUUGAAGGGACGGCAAGAACACCCUGGGUUCCCAAGACCGUUGAUCCAGGAGUUGCCUCUACGGUUACCCUUCCAUCAUUUAGACCCCAAGGAGGCACCCUUGGAAGAGCACUUCGCUCGCGAGAGCAUGAUGCUCGACAUCCUGCGCGACGGCCUCGGCGACGAGCUCACCACCGAUGACAUCUUCCGACGCGAACUCGCGCUUGACAAAGAACUGGUGCAGCUCAUCCAGCUCGCAUGCAAGAAUGACCGGCUGACGCGCGCGGUAGACCUCACGCGGCUGCUGCACCAUACCUCGUCGUUCGACAUGGCGAUCAAGGUCGCCGCGUUCUAUCACCUUGUUGGCCUUCAGGAGAAGAUGGGAGCCCUCAAGGAAGAGCGGGAGGCUACAGAUCUUCUCGCAAAUUCCCGCGAUGGACGACGGCAGCGCGCGAAGGAGUUCUUACCUGUGCCUGCCACAGUGAAGAUGCCUACGAAGCCGUCACGGCCGAGGGCCUUUCAGGACUUUAAGCCCCCUUCGCCGAAGCACCGCCCAGGCUUGGAACGCGCAACACCUGUUAUUGAACCUGCAAGUGCUUCGUUUACUGAGAAUUACAGCGCGUUCGGGUCGUCGCUCAUCGAAAAUGAUGGUGGCGUUGAUGAUUCAUGGUCAUCGCCGAGUAGCAAGAGAAAGCGCAGCAGCGAAGAAGACGAGCCCGCGAGAGAGUUCCAGCCUCUGGGGGCUGAUAGCUCGUCGAAAAGACGCAACCUUGAUGAGAUAGCGGCCACGGUCAAGACAGCGGCAGCACGGCCCAGUGAGUCUUGAUUUCGCGCUUACACCUUUGGAACUAUCGCUCAUGACUUCUCAGGAGGAAAUCCGUUUGCACGUAAAUCUGGGAACGACACAACC